CCGCCCUGGCCACGCCCACCAGCGCGAGCGCGCGCACGCCGGCGCCGGUUCCUUCCGCGCGGGCGCGCGCACGCCGCCGUCCUCGUCGUUGUAAACGCUGCCGCUCCGGCUGGCCCUGGGGGCGGGGCUGUAGGGGAAAGUGCCAAAUCCUCUGAGUGAAGUGAGAAUUCUGCUAGAGAGGAAAUGGCUGCCUCUUCAUCAUCCUCCUCAGCUGGUGGAGUCAGUGGAAGUUCUGUCACGGGAUCUGGUUUCAGUGUCUCAGACCUUGCCCCACCACGGAAAGCCCUUUUCACCUACCCCAAAGGAGCUGGAGAGAUGUUAGAAGAUGGCUCUGAGAGAUUCCUCUGCGAAUCCGUUUUCAGUUAUCAAGUGGCAUCUACGCUUAAACAGGUGAAACAUGAUCAGCAAGUUGCUCGGAUGGAAAAAUUAGCUGGUUUGGUAGAAGAGCUGGAGGCAGAUGAGUGGCGGUUUAAACCCAUCGAGCAGCUGCUGGGGUUCACACCCUCUUCAGGUUGACCUUGCCUGGAAGGCCGCCUCUGGUGCACAGCAAGUGCAGGGCCAGCGAGGGACUUUUCUCGCAGCUUACACAGCCGUCCAGAGAUUCACAGCUCCAUCGCUGAAUUGUUAAUUCGCAUCCAUGCUUGGUUUCUCUGUAUCUAUCCACAAGCAACAAAUACUUAAAUGUGUGAUCUUGCAGGGAAAAUUUUUGUUUAUUUGUUUAAAAAAAGUAUUGAGAAUCAGAAUAAGACAAUCGGCGUCAGAGAACCUGAAGGUUUGGGUUUAAGAGAUAUUUAUAAACUUUACAAGCCAGGUAGGACACAUGCCGGAAUUGGCCAACUGAAUGACAUCUCUGCUGUCAUUCAUGCAGUGCCUGGAAUCCUCACUGAUCAAAUCCAAGAUCAGGAUCUGGAGUUACACAACACAGCGUUUCUGACCUAAAACAGUUCUUCUUGCAGUGAAUGUGAUUUCAACUCAGGACCUGUUCAAAUGAGGAAUUUUAAAAUUUCGGGUUUUUUUCUAUUUUUAGACAUCUAAUUCUAUAGAUUCUAACUUUUUCUAACCUCUUCUAGACAUGCCAAAUGCUGGCAAAAAGAAUUACUUUUUGAAUGUUGAAGCACUUGUAAAAAUAAAUCUGUGAGCAAAAUCCUUUUAAACACAGAAAUCCUGAGUUCAUCUUGUUGGUGGGCUCAAGCAAUUCUGUAGCAAAUAAAUCCUUUGAAAGAGUUCCAAA